AACUGGCCCAAUCAAUCCAACAUUUGGUUGAUUUGGUUCGCGUCCUGUCGGUUCGGAAUCCAGUUGUGUCUGUGAUCGAUCAAGUUUGGGGUUCGCUCGAGUGAUUUUUAUGCGAAAACAUGACGACGGCGGCAAGACCGACCUUCGAGCCUGCCCGAGGAGGACAAGGACGGGGCGAGAAGGACCUGAGCGCGAUCUCGAAGCAGUACAGCAGUAGGGAUUUGCCGUCACACACGAAGCUCAAAUACAGGGAGCAUGGCCAAGGAACAGUCGAGGAAUUGCGAAAUCGGGACUUCAGGAAGGAAUUGGAGGAAAGAGAGCGAACAGAUAAGGAUAAAGGAUCAAGCCGUCGUGCCAUUGAACCUUCCAGGGAAUCGACUACAUCCAGUGCAAAAAGGCAGAAGUUAGACCAGGUUCCUGCGGCCAGCUUAGAUGCGGACGAUCCACUUGAUGAUGAAGAAUCAGAUUCUGAUAGUGACGAGGAUGAUACUGCUGCGCUCUUGGCCGAACUUCAGAGGAUUAAGAAGGAACGAGCAGCAGAACAAGCUAAGAAAGAAAUGGAGAAGCGCCAGGAGGAGGAAAGAAUACGUAUGGAAAAUAUUCUUUCAGGAAAUCCUCUGUUGAACUAUUCCUCACAGAGCGGAAGAGUGGAUAUGAAAGUACGAAGACGGUGGGACGACGACGUCGUUUUUAAAAAUUGCGCGCGCUCCGAGCCGAAGAAGAAACAUGACGUGUUCAUCAACGAUUCCCUACGAAGUGAAUUUCAUCGUAAAUUUAUGGAGAAGUAUGUUAAGUAAUUUAGUGAUUAUAAGCAUUAGCGUUGUAAAUAAUUUUUUCAUGCAUGUUAUUGAAUAAAAGUACAUUUCCUCUCAUCA